GAGAGUGGAACGCGGAGGCGUGGGCAGCGGGAGGCUAGGCUGGCUGGAGAGGACCGCUGCCGCGGCGGGUGGACCCAGUGCGUGGACCCGGCGCGUGGACCGCUGAGCGCACGGUUCCCAGCGGGAGCCUCGCCGCUGAGAAGAUGGUAGACCACUUGGCCAACACAGAGAUCAACAGCCAGCGGAUCGCGGCAGUGGAGAGCUGCUUUGGAGCAUCGGGACAACCGCUGGCCCUGCCAGGCCGGGUGCUGCUAGGUGAGGGGGUGCUGACCAAGGAGUGCCGAAAGAAGGCCAAGCCUCGUAUCUUCUUCCUCUUCAAUGACAUCUUGGUAUAUGGCAGUAUUGUGCUUAGCAAGCGCAAGUACCGUAGCCAACAUAUUAUUCCCCUGGAAGAGGUGACAUUGGAGCCACUCCCUGAGACCCUACAGGCCAAGAACCGCUGGAUGAUCAAGACGGCCAAGAAGUCCUUUGUGGUGUCGGCAGCCUCCACUACAGAGCGCCAGGAGUGGAUCAGCCACAUCGAGGAGUGCGUGCGGAGGCAGCUGCUGGCCACUGGCCGCCAGCCCACCACGGAGCACGCAGCACCCUGGAUCCCCGACAAGGCCACUGACAUUUGCAUGCGCUGCACACAGACACGCUUCUCAGCACUCACACGACGCCACCAUUGCCGAAAAUGUGGCUUUGUGGUCUGCGCUGAGUGCUCCCGAGAGCGCUUCUUGCUGCCCCGUCUCUCACCCAAACCCCUUCGUGUCUGCAGCCUCUGCUACCGUGAGCUGGCUGCCCAGAAGCGAAGAGAGGAGUUGGAGGAGAGGGGCAGAGGCUCCCCGGGGAGGCUGGCCCACCUGGGCGGGGCUGUCUGUGGAGCAUCCAGUGGUGAUGAUGAUGAUUCUGAUGAGGACAGGGAGGGCAGCGGGGAUGGAGACUGGCCCAGCCGGGUGGAGUUCUACACCUCUGGGGUUUCCUGGUCAGCCUUCCACAGCUGACCCUCAUCUGUAGAGCAUCUGCAUCAAACCAGUCUGCUGCCUAGGGCUCCAGGAGGACAGCAGCAGCUGAGGGUCCUGAGCUGUGUGGUGUCAUCGGGACCUCUGGUCAUGGUGGUGGUCACAAGGGCAGGUGGCUGUUCCCGCCCCAUUACCAGUGCCUUUCUGCUGGACAACAGCUUUCUAGUUCCAGUCAGGUAAUAGCCUUUCCAUGUCAUAAGGCCCAGAACAUGCAGGCCUUCAGAACAAAAACCUGCAGCCCUUAGCAUUAGACUAGGCCAGAUGCCCAAGGCGUAGAGGGACCAGGUUGGGUAAGGAGGGAAAAGAAAAAACCAGACCAGAGUGUGGGUACACUUCACUCUGAGGCCUGAGCCUCUGACACCACCCCACCCCUGGAUAAGCACAACCCAUGGAAGACUAUGAAGCCUGCCUACCCGCCAUGUUAAUGCCACUACCAAGCUGCUAGACCCUGCCAGGUUAGCUCCUAGGCUGCACUGUGUGUGCCUUAAAGACCCAGGUCAGCCUGUCAAGUCCUCUGCUCUGUCACCACCCCCCAAGUGUCUGGUGUCGUUUUGUCCUCUCCCAUCUCUCUACAGUCAGCGAAAGCAGUUUUCUCUUAUGAUUAAGUUGCAAGGACAGAAAGCCACUUGGAUUGACUUACUAAUAAAAAGAAAGCACCAAGUUUUUUGCUUGGUAAGUCUAA